AUGGUAGCUGAUAUUGUUCCUGAAACAGAUCUGGAUGUCAGCUCUUUUCAUGAUGGGAAAAGCACGGAUCCAAGAUACUAUCGAUACAUCAUGGUGGAUACUUUGUCCCAGAGCUUGCUUGUUGGAGCCAUGAAUCGUAUAUAUGGGCUUAGUCUAACCAAUGUUACAGACAGAGCAAGCGUACGGAAGAAGGACCUGUCUCCCAACCGUGCUGAUGUUGGCAGAUCUCCUGACUGCCAGAACCACAUUCGCUUCAUCGCCCGCAACACCAGCAGCUCCAACACGCUGUACGUGUGCGGCACCGGUUCCUACAACCCCACCAGCUACCAACUCAGCGUCCCAGUCAAUGACUUCCUGGUUUUGUCGCAUACGUCAGGAAUAGGGAUGUGUCCAUACGACCCUUUUGAUAAUGCAACAGCUUUGUUUGUUGAGGAAUCCAACCCAGGUGACAUUCCAGGCCAGUACUCGGGGACAGUCACAGACUUCAUCAAAGCUGACCCUAUACUGUUCCGGCCUGACCUCUACUACAGGAAUGGAACCAUGGCCGUGGGCUAUGUCAGGACACAGAGGAAUGACCCUAAGUGGCUCAAUGAGCCCCAGUUUGUCGGGUCCUUUGACGUGGGCAACCAAGUCUACUUCUUCUUCCGUGAGGUUGCGCUGGAGUACACCAACUGUGGCAAGAAGAUCUACUCCAGGGUGGCCAAAGUCUGCAAGAAUGACAAGGGAGGGAAGGCUGUGCUGAACCACGUGUGGACCUCCUACCUGAAGGCUCGACUCAACUGCUCCAUCCCAGGAGAAUACCCAUACUACUUUGAUGAAAUACAGGAUGUGUAUUCUGUUGAUGGGCAGACAUUUUAUGGACUCUUCACAACAAAUGUAAAUGGCUUGACGGCAUCUGCCAUCUGUGCAUUUACUGUGCACCAAAUUGAACAAGCUUUCAACGGCCCAUUUAAGGACCAGACCAACAGCAAGUCUAACUGGCUUCCUGUACCCGAGGUGGAUGUGCCAGAUCCCAGGCCAGGAAAUUGUUCCGUGGACGACACCCGCAGCCUCCCUGACACUGUCAUCAACUUCAUCAAGUCCCAUCCCCUGAUGGACCACGCUGUAGCACACCAAUAUGGCAGCCCCAUCUUCUACAAGGGCAACUGUCUGAUGCAGAGACUAGCUGUGGCUUCCAAUGUGUCCGGCCACGGGGAGCUGGUCUUCUAUACUGCCAGUAACACUGGCCUGGUGUACAAGAUAUUUGCCUGGCCAUCUGAGUCAACUCACAAAGCUCCUCACAGCAUCCUGUCUACUAUAUUCAAACCAUUCGACACAGUUAGGCCUGUGUGGAGUAUGAAGCUUCAUGGCAAGUAUGUGUAUCUGGGCACAGAUAUCUCUGUGACGCAGCUGAAGAUCGAGAUCUGCUCCAAGUACCUGAAGGUGGACCAGUGCCUGUACGACCCAUACUGUGGCUGGGACCGGGAUGCAGGAACAUGCCGCAGCAUCAACACCUACAGAAAAUUGGUCACAUACAGACAUAUUGAUCGUACCAUGGCCUGGGAGGCUGCCAUUGAAGAUGCACUCGGACAACCAUUGUAUAAUUCUAAAAGUAUAUGGAAGGCUUCAGGCAGUUCGUUAACAUUACGAGUGGAGUAUAAAUUAAAUAUUCAAGGUGUAGUCACAUGGACAAAGAAUGGAUCAUAUGUACAAAGCGAUCGCCAUAUUCUAGCCCAUGAUAAUUCCUUAAUCAUCCCUGACCUAACAGCAGCAGACCAGGGUGUUUACAGGGCAGCAGACGCAAAGAAUAGACUUGUAGCUGAAUACGCAGUGUCGGUAGAUACCACUAAAGAAGAAAUAGAACAAAGAUGGAUAAGAAAGUUCGACGAAUGGUGUCAUGAAUUUGAAAAAUAUCAGAAUGAUAUCAGGAUAUGGGAAAAUAAGUGCAGUUCGUGUUGUCAAAGUCCUGGGAAUGCAAUAUCUCAGUUUGGUGGCAAAUAACAAUAGCUGUGCGGUAACAUCCUGACAAUUGAAUAACUCUGUUUGUUCACACAGUGAACAUACUGCCUUAGUGCUUGAUGCGCUGUCCUGUGAUAUGAAACGUGUUCGGGCAUUCCCCACCCAGCAGUGUGUAGCAGAACACAGAAUACCAUCGACACACUCACCAUGUGGUUUUCUGGGAAAUGGAAGAGAAUAUGCACAAAUGGCAAUUCAUAUGACAGAGAAUUAUGUGCUUGUGUAAACAAUGGACACAGGUUGGAUUUGUUUUUUAAAAAUAUUUUUAGUUACGCAGUACUCGGAAUACAAGAAUGAGUGUAUGGUGUUUUGUUUAAUUUGAUUUAGAGGACGUAAUGAUGGACCUGAUGGGAUUGUGUUUCUGUUCGUUGUUUGGUUUCAAAUUCCAAGUUACAGUGAUGCAGGAUUGUGGAUGGAACGAUUACAGGGUUUUAGAACAAACUGUUUAUAGUGUUUUCGUUCUAAACCCUGAGAAAUGAAGUCAAGAAAAAGAAUGUUGGAAGUCCUCAUGAGGCUUAAUCACGAAUUGAUGGUGAACUGGCAGCAUGGAAUUGAAAUGAUUAUAUUAACUGGCAGAAAAUUGGACAGGUUUAUUUGGAGUGAAAAUACAUUUGUCAUCUACAAGCAAUAACUCUCCUAGUGUUGAAGAAUGGUUUAACUUUUCUACAAAGAUCUGAAUUUGAAGUAUUUUUUUAUUUGCUGAUUUAAUCACAUCAGGAAAGAACUGUGCAUAUUUCUAGAAGGUUUCACAAAGGGCAAGAUAAAUGGUGACACAAUACAUCGCUGGAACGAACUGCCAUGUCAGCAGUUUUUGCACGGACAUUGUUUUCCGAUUAUUCUUGGUGCAUUGAUGUAAAAUGAACAUGCUUUGUGAUUGACACAUUGUCAGUUGUGUUUCACAGAGCAACACUGCAUACUAAACUGGUUCUUUCACAUCUGCUUCAAGACUUAUUAAUCAAAUAGUAGAUCCAACAUCAAAACCCAGUUUGCAAAUAUGCACCAACAGUGCUAUGAGUACUGUUGCCAGAGGAACACUCCAUGAGAAACAGAUGUAUUUUGUGUCCACACUUCGUCACACGUCCUGGACACAGGGUGUCCUGAUAAGGUUCACAAUGCAUAGAAAUACGAAGAGGAAUAGUCGGACCUUCUGAGAUGAAAGAACAGUGGAUUCUCUGUACAGUCUUGAUGAAUUGCCUCCAACAGCAUUUUGCAAUGCAUCAUGUGUAAUAUAUUUGUGCACAGACCUCAAAAUGAGAGGUUUGUGAACUUGCAGUUACCAUAAUAUGUAAACAUUAUGACCGAACUUUCUCCAUCGGUUCUGUACAGAUUCCUAGAUUUUGUUCAUGAAAUGCAUUUCUAUGGCAGUUACAUCACAUAAAAGGAACAUGUCGGCCCUGCCUGUCAUUGAGGUGUUUAUAGUGAUUAAUUUAUUGAUGGACUACAAGCAAUUGAUGGAGAGAGUGUAUUCCUUGUGGUAAACAGCCGGAUGCCUGUUACUGUUUGUUUAUCUUGUGUACAGAUAUCAUUGCGCACAACUCAUGUACUUAGAGGAGUCAAAUGCCCGUCCAUCAAAACCUAUGAAAUUAGUCCUUAAACUAAUAUACCUUCUUAAAGAAAAUAUUAAUGUACCUGUAAGUAAAUGUUUACUUUAUUUUGUAACAGUUUAGGUGGUAUAGUAUUGGUGUAAAAAUUAUGUUCUGGAGAGAGAAAAAGGAAAUUUUACAGGUGCUUCAUUUAGUUAUGAAGACAAUUUGGGUUAUAAAAUCAUCCUUUUUUAAAGUUGAUAACACAUUUUAAGUAGUAAAUAACCCCAUCCAUUAUGUUAUUUCAGUAACAGAUAUUGAUAAUCCUGUGUAUUAUUUUAGGAUAUUAAUUUCAUCAGGGAAUGAUGGGAUGGUUAUGUGAUCAUUGUAUCGUAUCUCGCCCUAUGACUGUGCAGGAACAGGGCUAGCUCAUACCUCAGUGUUCAAGUCAUUGUCACUACUUGCCUUGGUGCAACUAUAGACAGCUUGUACAUGCACUGUCAAUCAUAGACGGUGCUUGAUGCACAGGGAGCAUGCUGCACAUGUCACCUGUGCUCCUAACAAUCUCAUACAUUAUGACAGCAGAUGAGUCUUUAGUUCAAGGGCAGAAUAGUGGUUAGCAUGUAGUGUACAGGGCGAAUUUGUGGGAAGAUGUUUCAAUAUAUGUAUCAUGUUAGGUUCCACUUGAAAAUAGUUGAAUUAUCUUGUGUUUACAUCAGAUUUCCAUGUUCAUGUCAUCAUGCAUGUUGCUUAGCAAUGUUGAUACACAUGUCAUCAAGAAUGCAAUGUCCUUUGAAAGAUAACAUUACAUCUCCUGUUUUCUCUCAUACAAUAAUGGCAUGAUCCAAUAUAUCCAAAUGUGUAAUUAUCACAAACUCAAUCAUUUGUAUUUAUCACAUCAAAAUAAUAUAGUCUUGAAAGUACUGAAAUCAAGAUUGUGGCUGUAAACGAAUAUCUUCCAAAGGUGUACAAUUUACAUUGCAAUGUGUAAUACUGGCAUAAUAUGAACUGUUAUAUGCCGUCCAUGGACUGUCUGUGAUGCAGUGCAUGUACAAGCUGUCUCUAUGUAAACAUGUAGAUAAACAUUUUGUAAUGUAAUAUAUGAAUGCUGAUCUUUGUAUAAUGUUGACGAGUUUUGUGUCACACUCUUGAUGUGUGUCUGAGUUUAAUGUUUGAAAUGACUGGGUGGAUGUGCAAAGUUUAUAUAGAAAUAUAUAUAUUUUAGUUUAUACAAAAGAGCUGAUACUGAAGUGGCAACACAAGGUAUAAUUAUAAAUAAAUCAAAACUUUCAAAGAAUUAAGAUCCAAUCAUUGGACUUUGCAAACACUUUUUGGUCUCUUUUUGUCAAUAUCUAGUUUAUGCCCAAAAAAUAUUUCCUACAAUGAGUCGCUCGUUGGAAUCAGCAAUAUGAAUCAUGGUCAUAUCACACUACUUCCUGGUUGUUCACUUGGGUUUAUCAAGGUAUUAUCAAAAUUUUGCUUUUUGUAUGGAGAAACUUGCAAAUGCUGUACACAAGUUACCAAUCUGGUGUUUGAUAAAUUUGACAAAUAUUCAGGAUUUUAGAAGAAAUUUGUUCUUUUAUUUCAGCAUGUCUUUGUAAAUUUGAAAAUUACCAGGGACCACUGUGAUCCACAUCUUGAAAAGCUAAUGGCUUCUUUUUAACUAUUGAGAUUACAUAUUAACUUACCCAAAUAAGUGGAAUCAAAAAAGAAAUUUGAGUUCCUUUUCUUCUUGUAAAGUCUGUUGAAUAAUUUGUCCUCUUUUGAAAAAUAUUUUCCUGUGUCUUUAAUAUAAAUGUGUUUUUUCUGAACUACUUGAAAUUUAUUACAAUUUGGUAAAGAGAAAUCUGUACACAGAAAUAUAUUAAAAUUAAGAGGUCUAUGGGGAAAAUAUGAUAUUUCUCUGAUGUAUAUUUUGUUCUUGUAUUGAAUGAAAUGAUCAUUUGAGUUGCAAGUUUCCUGAAGACGGUAGUGUAUUUUAGUUGAUGUAUUUAAGAUGCAAGAAUGCUGUAGAUACAUGUGUACAGUGAGUCACCCGAGACAGAUGAUGUUAUUGUAAAGUCUGUACAUUGGUUGGGCAAGUGUCGAAAGACUGCAAAAAAUAAAUUUACAUGAAUUUA